AUGGCCGUCUUCGAGUCCUCCGCCUCCUCCCCUGUCGACACGGGCCGCGGCUCCUACGACACCACCGGCACCAGCAAGCCUCCGCCAAAGCCCAAGGCAACAGAGUCCUCCGAGGACCUGGUUGGCUCCGGACGUGGUUCUUAUGACACGACGGGCACGGCGAAGCCCCCUCCCAAGCCAACUAAGUAG